GGCAGUGGCAUCUCUGUGGAUGUGGAAUACGGGAGCUGCUGGGCUCGCGCAGAUUCCCGAGCUAAGCCGGGAGCUCCAGCUGCUCCAGCCUGGCUGUGGGGCCACAGGCACCACCCAGAGCAGCUCCAGGCUCUCCUCUCGCCUGUCCCACCUCAGCAUCACCAUGGAGCCCAACAGCCCCAAAAAAAUACAGUUUGCUGUGCCCCUGUUCCAGAGCCAGAUAGAUCCCGAGGCAGCAGAGCAGAUCAGGAAAAGAAGGCCCACGCCAGCAUCACUUGUCAUCAUGAAUGAACACCUGCCCCCAGAAAAAGAUGAAAAGAGAACGAACAUCUCACAGGCAGAGUCGCAGAGCGCGUCUCCCAAGCAGAGGAAGCAGAGCGUCUUCACCCCACCUGCCCUCAAAGGGAUUAAGCACCUGAAGAGUCAGAGUGACUCGGUGUUCCCAGAAGAAGAGGAGGGAGUUGGCGAGCGGGAAGAGGAGUGGGGCCAUUAACCAGAGCUGGCCCGAGCCCGUCCCACAGCCCCUGAACCGGCCCUGGGCCCUGCUCCCUGUGCCCUGGGGGGCUCUGCGGGCACUGCACACGUGUCCUGUCACCCUUCCUCACAGUUCUUUUAAAGUCUUCUUUUCUUUUAUUUUCUAUGACUCAUAAAUGUGAUUUGCAAAUGUGUUAGCUCCCUGACUUCAGUACUGCCAGAGCUUAACUACUGCGUGUGAGCUGUAUCUAAGGCUUGUUGUAAAUAAAAGUGAUUUAAAAGGUACAAAAUAAAUAAUACACUAAUUUAGACAAGAUUGCCUAUUGUACAGAGGGUUUGUCUUGCUACAGAAAAAUGUUCAUAUAAAAUGAUCUCUUUGGUUAAAGGCAGUUUUUACUAUUGUUGGUAGAGUUACCUGCAGUGAUGUGGAUGAAGGAAUGGUAAUGAAGUAAGCAGAGGUGACUCUGUCUAGAGAACAAUGCAAAGACUCUUCCCUGUGUUCCCUGGACGUGUGAAAUCAAGCUGCACAAACUCACCUCAUGUGUGAGUCCCAGCAUUUUGGCUGAAGUCAGCAUUGUUCACACCAUCCUUUCCCUUUUUUAGACCAUGCAAACUCUAUGGCAUAAAAUGGAAUAAGGUGGAGAAGGAAAACAAUGUUUCUUCAAAGUUACACUUAACAGAUUAUUUUAAUUUUUCAACCAAGGGCAGAUUUUUAAAUGAAUUUGCUGUCAUUUUGUAUUAACUGCUUGCCUUUUAUACAAAAGUUUUGGCCUCAGUUUAACUUUCCACUGCUGCAAGUCUCUUUUAAAGGGUUGAGCUAGCAAAAAGCAAAAUACAAAAACAAAAAAAAAAAAAAAAAAACA